GCGUGCGUCACGAGAUGUCACGAGACGUGACCGUGAGACGUGACUCGCCGUCUUCCUGGCGCAGAGGGUCGAGCUUGUUUUCCCCAACCGUGACAUCGCCGGAAAGCGAGCAUGCGAGCAGUAAUCCAACGUGUGGCAUCUGCCUCCGUAGCAGUGGACGGGCAGGUGAUUUCUCACAUAUCCAAGGGCCUCAUGGUUCUCGUCGGAAUAUCGCGAGGUGCAUUCAACUGCCAAAUUUGCGCGCCUCUCCAUCCUUCUCACAUCCCAGGAGCAGAUGACACUGCUACCGAUGUCGCGACACUGACAAACAAGAUACUUUCUCUACGUGUGUUCCCCGACUCGCAAGAUCCUUCCAAAGCCUGGAAAGCAAACGUUAAAGACAUCGACGGAGAGGUUCUCUGUGUUUCCCAGUUUACUCUGAUCGCAGAUACCAAGAAGGGCAACAAACCUGAUUUUCACAACGCCAUGACGCUCUCCGGAAAUUAUACAAAGCCGAGAAGAUACAAGGUUCGGCGGGUGCGAGCAUUCGAGCGCGCUGCGGUCGCUGACACUACGACGCCAGACGGCAGGUUCGGGGCGAUGAUGGAUGUGGCGCUCACGAACGAGGGUCCGGUGACAUUCACGCUAGAUUCGCGGAAGUUUGAGUACGUGCAGGACGGCGGCGGCCAGAAUCGACUCGGCACCGCAGAGGGACCGUCAGAGAAAAGCAUCCGUGCCAAUGUGUCUGCAGCGGCCACUUGAGAUCCGCGUCUUCCUUCGAGUCCUGUCCGGCAAGUCGAGCGGCGCUUGCGAUUGGAUGGAGUGGGAUGGGUUGGGAUGCUUCGGGCCCGCUCCCCACGGUAGAUCGUAACUGAAUGAAUGCAUUCCGCUUCUGCAGGCCGCGCACCCAUCGGGAUCAGGAUUCGACUUCCGAGCGGUCUGAAGCUUGAUAGAUUGCUCUCCCCUGCUGCGGUUGAACGAAGAGCCGGCGGGCUUCACCCUCCGUGUGUCUCCUGUUCCCCCGGCGUUUUCUCACUCGCAAACAGCCUGAGAGGAAGCGUCUGCUUACGAUGAGCUUGGCAGGUCGCUGACCACUGAUCGCGCAACAUCACAGGAAAAAUGACUCCAAUCCUCCGCGACUUCUCGGCGGCGGUAGCCGAGCACGGAGAACUUGUAGCACUCCUGUCACGGACCAUCCUGUCCAGUAAAGCAUGCGCAUCUAAU